AAAAUCGCUUUCAUCAGCAACAAUGGCUGCUUCGUUCGUCAGGAGUUGCUCUCGUGCUUCGAGGGCCAUCACCACCGUCCGGUUUAUGAGCAACGUACCGGAGAACACGGUUUACGGAGGACCGAAAUCGCAGAACCCGAAUCAGAGAGUGACUUUGACGCAAUUGAGACAGAAGCAUCGGAAAGGUGAGCCGAUUACUAUGGUCACUGCCUACGAUUACCCUUCCGCCGUUCACAUCGAUACAGCCGGAAUUGAUGUUUGUCUCGUCGGAGAUUCAGCUGCCAUGGUUGUUCAUGGCUAUGACACCACUCUUCCUAUCUCCUUAGAGGAGAUGCUUGUUCACUGUCGCGCCGUCGCUCGUGGAGCCAAAAGACCACUUCUUGUUGGCGAUUUGCCAUUUGGUACUUAUGAAUCUAGCACCAAUCAGGCGGUUGAUACUGCAGUAAGAGUGUUGAAAGAAGGAGGAAUGGAUGCUAUUAAACUUGAAGGAGGAUCACCUUCAAGAAUCACUGCUGCAAAAUCCAUUGUGGAAGCAGGAAUUGCUGUUAUGGGACAUGUUGGGUUGACUCCUCAAGCUAUCAGUGUUCUUGGUGGUUUUAGGCCACAGGGCAAAAACAUUGCUAGUGCUGUUAAGGUUGUGGAAACUGCAAUGGCUUUACAAGAAGCUGGAUGUUUUUCAGUUGUUUUAGAAUGUGUUCCGCCUCCUGUGGCUGCUGCUGCAACCUCUGCUCUUAAUAUUCCAACCAUUGGCAUAGGAGCUGGCCCUUUCUGCAGUGGUCAGGUUUUAGUCUACCAUGAUCUUUUGGGAAUGAUGCAGCAUCCACAUCAUGCUAAGGUUACUCCAAAGUUUUGCAAACAGUACGCUCAAGUAGGAGAAGUGAUCAACAAAGCCCUCUUAGAGUAUAAGGAAGAAGUAUCUAAACACUUUUUUCCAGGUCCUUCUCACAGCCCUUACAAGAUCGCCUCAAGAGACCUCGACGGCUUCUUAAGCGAGUUACAGAAGCUGGGCUUAGAUAAAGCUGCUUCUGCUGCAGCAGCAUCAGCUGAAAAGAUGGAGCCUUCAGAUUCAUCAUCUUCUCAGUGAAAAAGCUUAGCAAUGCUCUUAGCUCUUGAUUUUGAGUAGGCAGAUCUGAUUGAAGAAAUAAAAAUCCUUCAAUAGG